AUGAUCGUGAUCUCUCGUUCUCAGCUCGAGUACAUCGCUCCAUCUUCAGAGGCCGUCAUCUCCGGCGUGAAGCACAUCUCUUCCUACAACUGGAUCGACGCCCCAACGCCCACGAUUGUCGUCCCUGGCGCGCCCGCACGCUGGAACCCUCCCAAGGGUCCGCAAGACCUCGCCGCGGAUUCCGGGGACAUCUACGAGGCCCAAUACGCCGCCCGUAAGCUAGACUGCCCUCUCGAGCCCCUGUUUCGGUCCGUCCAUGCCGAACACGACGCCUUUGACCUUAACGCCGUCGAUGUGGUGACCGACAGAGGCAACAUCCGCAAGCUGCUCUCCUUCAUCACCUUGGAGCCCAAGAAAAAAAAGUACUUUGAGGGCUUCACGAUCUACGUCGAGGUCGUGCAAAACACCGCGCUCUUCUGCCGCGACGAAGCGGUGACGGCGGAGAGCGGCCGAGACUACGGCUUCUGGGGCCACGGGUGCGAGUUUGAAAAGGCAUACACGGUGCCCAGGGUAGCUGGCAGCACGGCCCAUCACCGCGUCAUCUCGUAUCAGUUUGGCGGGUUGCACUUUCUCGUGCGCCACGAAACUGACGGGUACGUGGAGGAUACCGGCGACUCGUGCGGCAGCGUCGCGCGCGCGAUGCAAGGGCUCGUGCUCGCCCCCACGACGGCACCGACCCGCAUGGCUGGCUCAACGUUGAGCGUCGCCAGGGGCGGCGAGGUCGUGCCUCUGUGCGCCACGCUCGAGAUCAAGACGCACACCAUCCGGUAUAUGCUCACCUUUUCGAAACUAGCGGCGCGCCAGCUCUGGAUCUCGCAGACCCCCAAGCUCGUGCGAGCCUGUCACGACCGGGGCUGGUUUGAGGAACCGCAGGUCGAGGACGUGACUGCGCAGAUUCAGCAGUGGGAAGCGGACAACCAGCCGAUUCUGAAGAAACUGGCGUGGCUGAUGCAGCGAAUCGUGGUGCUGACCAAGGCAAGUCCUGGUGGUAGGGUCAGGAUCAAGUGCCACGUACCGGGCGACAAGCUGGUCAUUUCGCCAUAUGACGGGCCGAAACUUCUCCCGGCCGACUUGUACGCGAAGUGGACGGCCAAAGCUCCCUCUAGCAGACCCACGAGCCCAGCCGCCGCCAAGGAAACUGCAGAGAACGCACAGCAGAACACGAAGCGGGUGAAUGGCACAGGUAUUGGCCAGAGCACCGCAGUCACUUCCAUGGACCCUACUGCUGCCCAUUUCCAUUUCGGCCUGCCCACGCCGGAUGCCGCUAAGGGCGGUCAGGACAAGACCCCCAACUAA